CAAGGCCAUUCGCGAUGCGCAGUCUCUUCGUAAUGGCCGCUCAUUUGUCGGAAAUAGUUUGCAUUUCCAUAUCUCUCUCGCAGUUGUGCCGCCCCUCAGAUGCGGCCCACCUGGGCCACACCCUUUUGCGGAUGGGUCGCGCGACGCGCGGCGUAAACCCCGCGUUCCGUUUUCUCUUCUCCGGGAGUGAAAAUAGAAUGUGGAGCUCGGGUCGUCCGGUCCGAUGCGGUGCGCGCGUCGUGGCGGGGCGGGGCGUACACGGCGCUUCGAUGCGGGGCGGCCCGUCGCGCGUGUCCACCUGCCCCGACAGCGCCCCGGCAGUGCCCUGGUAGUGCGAGGGCGCUAAUUGUAAGCUGAUUCCACUUCGGAAAGUCCGCCUGGGCGCCCCGGCCCGACGCCCUCGUGCUCCUGCCGCUGCCCCGAGUCGAGUCCCCCCCGCGCGACGCACAUUCAUGCAUGCUUUCAUGCAUGCAAAAUAAUAGUGGGGCGUGUUGCUGGUUCAGCAAAAUGUUUGCUAAAGUACAUUAGAAAUCCGAGUGUGCAAUCGUCGCACACCUACAGGUGGGCGAAAACAUUCACACACCUGCAGACGUGUGAAUGACCUUUCACACACUUGGCGGCGAGUAAAUGGCUACCUUUAAGUGUACGAAUCUCUAUUCGCUCACCUGCAAGUGUGUGAAUAUUUUUUUACACGCGUCCAAUGCGGUGGUUCCUGGUGGUUCCUCUUCUACGUAUUACAUAGCUUAAGAUUUUUGUUGUUGUUGGUUGUUAACACCAGCGGUAAAUUUUUCAAAGGAGAAAAUUUCCUCAGUACACUAGAUACAUGAACAAUAGCGUAAACAAUCAUUAAUUAAAUUAAACUGUACGCUAUUUAAACUGCACCUAAAAUUAACAAAAAAACUGUUUUUCUAAAUUUGCGUGGGUAGUGCUGAACUCACCUGCACCUUGCACGCGCUUGCUACAAGAAACACCUUUCAAAGGCACGAAGGGACACGAAAAAGUUUUCUUCCCUUCAUCCAGUAUUUUUUUUUUUUUGUCGAUUGGCGUGAGCCGUGCGUUGUUGCAUUGGCCGGCGGCGGCAGAGCGAGAGAGGGUCUAUCCCAGCCUCUCUAAAAGCUUCACGGCGCGACACACUCAGGCAGAAGAUUCGUCGAAAAGAUCGACCCCCUCGAGCAUCAGCCAGCAUCCUCAUCGUCGCAUCAUCCUCGAGCAGUCUGACCUGAACGGGCGGAGCGGACGUUCUGCGAAAAUGGAGAGUAAAAUAAUAAUCACAAGAAUGGGAGAGCGUCGGCGUACGGCUUGACAGCAGCGGGAGCGAGCGAGGCUCACAGUGCGCGUCAGCCAGCACGUCGUCGCCGUCCUGGGCGAGGUGCGCCUCUUGUUGUUGUUGUCAUCCGCGUUGACGCCGUCGUCGGCCACCAUCACCACGACCCCCGUCACCACCACCACCAGCACCACCAUGAUGGAGCACAAGCCCCGACACCUGCCCGUCGUCGCGGGGACGACCACGCCGUCGGGGCGGGCGCGGGCCGUGUACAGCAUCGACCAGAUCCUGGGCAACGACAAGCCGAAAGACGAUGACGUCGCAAAGGGUGACAGCGGGUCCACCACCUCUGGCGACUUGGACCUCACGACCUUCUCCGACGUGGACGCCGAGAUCGGCGCAGACCUCGGCUCGGGUGGGGACGGCGCUGGCCUCGAGUGCCUCGACGGCGACAUGAACCGGCCGCGAAAGGUCCGGCGGUCCCGCACCACCUUCACGACGUACCAGCUUCACCAGCUGGAGCAGGCGUUCGAGCGCUCGCAGUACCCGGACGUGUAUACCCGAGAGGAGCUGGCGAGCAAGCUGGAACUGAGUGAAGCACGAGUGCAGGUGUGGUUCCAGAACAGACGAGCCAAGUGGCGCAAACGGGAGAAGGCCUUGGGCCGUGAUACCGCCCCCUUCCUGCACCCGCCGCCAUCAGGUCUCCCCGACUUCGGCGUGCACCCCGGCCUGGGCCUCCCUCACCCGCUGGGCCCCGAGCCCUUCUGGCCCGGCCUAGUGCUGAACCCGGCGCUUGGCCUCCCCGGCGCGCCCCACUUCCCGUGGCCGUCGCUGCAGUCGCUGCAGUCGCUGCCCGGCCAGCCCUCCAAGGCGCUGCACAUGCUGUCGCAGUACAUGCUGGCGGGCGGACUGCCCUUCAUGCACGGGCCGCACGGGCCGCCGUCGCCGCCGCCGCUGCGCCCACACCACCCGCACCAGCCCUGCCCGUCGCCGCCGCCGCGCUCCGCCUCGCUCAGCCCCCAGCAGGCGCCGCCCCCGCCCAGCCACAGCCCCCUGGACGCGCGCAAGGGCUCCAGCAUAGACAGCCUCCGGCUGGCCGCCCGGGAGCACGCGCGGAGGGAGGCGCUGAGCGACAGCCCGUGAGGCGACAUCCCCCGUCCCGCACCCAUCGGCUGUGGACUCUCGAACCGUUUCUAGUCAGGAAAUGCCGAGAGAGAGAAUGUGCUGAAUUGAAAAUUGGAUGAAUGUUGUCGCGGGAUGAGAAAAGUGUCGGCACUCCAUGGUUUAUGUCAUGAAAUCGGAGUGCUACUGGAUUUCCCUCAACAUCUCCCCGUAUUUAAUGUUUUGUCAUUAGUUAAUUUGUGCCAUUGUACUUGUUCGGUUUUAAAGGUUCACUGCUGUACUAUAGUCCAACAUAUAAUUACAAUGAAAGACAAUAUAAUGAAGAACCGUUAAGCCAUUGUUUGGCCCUAGUUUUUUUCAUGUCUAUGAUGUUAGCUACAGCAGAGAAAUUAAGACAGUAAUCACUGACAGUAAAGCAUUAGCUGUGAAACUGUAGUAUACAGUAAUUUAAUAUUGUUUUUCAUAUGAAUACCAAAACAAUGGUUCAAUAAUGUGCUGCUUUAGAUACUGUACUUGUUAUUAUGCUUCUUUAUAGAUAUAUUAUAAUAACUAACUAUACGUUUAUGUUAAACUAGAUUUAAUUAAACUUAAAUCGAUGCAAAGAUAUGAUAUAUUUCUUGUUUUAUUAAAAAGAACU